AUGGGUGGCAUUUGUGAUGCCUAUAUCGACGAACGAGCACACGUCCCGGCUGGAAGAGGUGAAGUCUGCUCUGCGAAAGAAGAAGAAGAAGAUACGUCGAAGAACGUUCCGAAAGAACUGAGUGAAAGGAGGGAGAUUUGGGGUGUACGCUUCAUCUGUCCAGGGUCUGCGCUUUCAUCAACGAGGCUGUUGUGGUUGCAUGAGCUGCUGAAAGGCAGUGCAAAAUCAUAA